UUUAGAUGGGCAUACAAUUUAAUAAUGGAUAAUUCAUCAAGUGAUUCACACAGUUAUUCAAAUUUAUCAUCAAUGUCGACUCCAAUGCAUCCGCAUAAGGCGCAUCGACGUCGUUUUUUUACAAGUAUUGCUAAAUGGUUUUAUACGGAUGCAACUUAUGAAAAUGGAACAAAUUUGGAUGUGGUUGAUUUAGUAAUUGUUUUACAAUCGUUAGGAUUUAAAUUACAACAUUUUGAAAAAAUUGAAAAUAUAAAAAAUGGUGAAUUAAAAGUGCAAAUCUCAUGUGGAGUGUCCGAAUUUGAGGCGAUGCUUACAUUACCGAAUGUUUCGUGCAAAUGUCCGGUGGUUAAUAAUGAUGGUGGCGAAUUUUGGGAAGUGACAGGUUCUGGACCUGCAAGCAUUAAGGGUGGUUCAUCAACAAACGUAGUAAAUGAAGCAGGCAGUUCAUUAUUACCAUCAAUAUCGAAAGCAACAUGUGGUGUUGUACGUGAUGUAAUGGCAUGCUUAUUAAGUUUAGUGCAUUCACCGCCAGAUGUCAAUCAAAACACUGUUGAUGAUCAGAGUAAUAAUAUGGGCACCGCUACAAUGAGUAAUUGUUUAACAGCAAGUGGAUAUCGUUUUGGUAGUAUUACACCCCUUAAUAAUUAUAAUUUGAAUACAUUCUCAACUCGAAGACAUUCUUUAGAAUCAUUGUCGACUGCUGUUAGUUUAUCAUCCGAAUUGAAAGGAUUGGGUGCUGGAGAUCCUGAUCAUACGACAACUAAUCAUAUUGUUCCUCCUAUAAUGGUUAGAUCAUGUAUACUCGAUAAUAAAAUGCAAGCGACACCACCCCAACCAAAACCUUCAGUUGAAAUAACACGAUCAUCGACUCCAUCGAAAUUGUUACGAGAGAAGACAUGGGAUUUAGAUUCACCAAAAUCAAAAUCUCCAAAUAUAAAUCGUACCACAAAAAUACCUUCUCCACGUCCAGCAUCGGCUUCAUCUACGAAAAGUACCAGUCCGAUACCACAGAUUUGUAACGGUAUGAAUACAUUAACGAUACAACAACCACGCAAUUAUAAAGAUGCCGAUAUUGCUGUGCCUUUACGUGAUGCCCGUCGUAAUAUUGAUAAAGUCUUACGAAUUUUAACAAAUUCUAAAACACCACCAUCUAGCGGAAAGAAAAUCCCUGUUUUAAAGAAUUCUCCAAAACGUCCAUCAUCGUAUAAUCCACGUAGCAUAACACCCACUUUACAAAAAUUACCGAAUAAUAAUUCUUUAUCAAAAACAACGGAUUUAUCACUUUUACGAAAACGUAGCGUAACGAAACCGAAUGAAAUUGUGUCACGGUAUAGUAAACCAUCACGUUUAAGUUUAGAUUCGAAUGCACCACGACCGAAUACUGCACCAAAAACUUUACAGCGAGCUGCGAUUAUAGCGAAACGACGUGUUUCACCUGAAACGCGUGGCACUAGUUCAUCUACAUGUAGUUCGACGCAUAGCGGAAGUGUUGGUAACUUAGUCAAUAUUGAAACAUCAUCGAAUAAAUCGAAUUUACGUAAUCCAUUUGGAUUUAUGCCACGAUCACGUACGAAUUCAUCCGCAUCGAGUACUGCAUCUCCAAAUUUACCACGUAAAUAUAAAAUUUAAAAUAAAAUUUUCGCUGCCAUGUAUGUGCAUUUUAAAUAUUGAUCUCAAAAAAAAAAUGAC